GGCUCACUUCAGUCGGCCAGUGCAGUCGAGCUGCGACCAUCAUGGUACGCAGUUGAAUCGUCGCGUGUCGUGCGUAUGGCGUGUAUAGUACCGCAAUUUAAGUUUAAAUUAAAAAUCAUUUACUCGUACUUUUAUUUAUGAACCGUUUAUAAAAGUGUAUCUCGUUUCACACACAAAUCAAUCGUCGCGACCAUGGCUGUGAGAGAGUGUUGUUGUGAUAAACUGUCGCCUAACAAAAAAUCGAUUUUCGGAUUGAGAAUGCGGAGUCAAAUUCUGUAUUUACUGUUGGCUUCUUGUUUCUUAGCCGUGGCAUCUGCCGCUGACUCUGAAGGAACUUGUGCAAAUGUGAAAACAAUCUUCGAAAAGAAUGGAAUGUUGAUGGCGGUAGACUUACAAGCACAACCAAACUCAGACGCAGAUGGGCUAUGCACAAACCGAGGGUGUUGCGGUGCGGGCGCACGGUCGCGGCUCACGCAGGCGGCGCGCACGCAGCUCGAGUCUGCUCUCUGGAGCGAGCUCAGCAAGCUCUCUGACACGCUCACGAACCGAGCUAUCAAGUUUGACGAGUUCUUCAAGAGGCUACUGAAGCAGUCUCGGGAGGAAUUCCACAUGAUGUUCAAGAGAACGUACGGCAUGAUCUACGAACAACACUCCUAUGUCUUCGAACAACUGUUUGAACAACUAGAAAGGUAUUACACGCGUGGCGACACCAACUUCGAUGAAAUGAUGGACGGCUUCUUCAGCAUACUCUACAACAAGAUGUUCACAGUACUCAACUCGCAGUAUGAGUUUGAUGAGAAGUACCUAAAAUGUGUGAACGAGCACAUGCGCGACAUUCAACCAUUUGAAGACGUGCCCAACAAACUAUCAGUGCAACUGCGCAGAGCCGUGGUAGCUACCAGAACCUUCCACAAGGCCCUGCGAGCUGGUGCUGAUGUCGUCAGAAACAUGAUGCAGGUGGAAAUAACAAACGAAUGCGUGACAGCGUGGGCUCGACUGCGGUACUGCGGCAGCUGCGCCGGCCACCAGCCGCCGGCCUGCACGCGGUACUGCCACAACGUCAUCCGCGGCUGUCUGCCCGCGCACGCAGACCUUGGUGACCAGUGGGAUGCCUAUGUCGACGCCGUAGACAAAGUGGCCGACCGUCUGCUCGGUCCAUUCAACAUAGCUAUGGUAGUCGAACCUAUAGACAUCAAGAUAUCCGAAGCCAUCAUGAGCUUCCAAGAGCACAACCGGGAGAUCUCACAGAAGAUAUUUACGGGGUGCGGUAAGCCCGUGCUGGGGGGAGGGGGCGGGGCAGGACCAUUCUUUGCCCCUGGUGGCAAGACUCGUCGCUCUGUCCGCGCCAUCCCAGACUUUGACUGGCCCCAAAAAGUCGAUGACGUUGACGACUUCGAGAUCGAAGCUUCGUUCGAAAGCUUAUUAAACGAAGAUCCUUCUAUAGCAAGUUUGCGGACCCCUGAAGGUAUCCGUAAGGCUACAGAAGAUAUGGCUGAACAGGCUAAACUGAGAGAGAGGUUCUUGCAGUACAUGAAAGGGAAUAUAGACCUGCAAGAGUAUGAGGAGCAUGAGAGGAAGCGCCGUGACGCGGAGCCGGAGCCCGCAGCCGCCAGCGCUAUGGACAUUGACUUCAAGUCGUAUGACUUCGAUGAGAAGAAAGGACCUAAGAAGAAGAAGCCUUCAAUGAAAAGCGAAGAGAGUCGCGGCUCCGACUGGGGCGGUCCGGCACUAGAGAAGCUGGUGCGCGAGACGCGAGUACGCAUGCGCAACACGCGGCGCUACUGGAACCACCUCCCCGCGCUGCUCUGUACCACCACGUCUGUCACCAGCGCGCCUUGCUUCAAUGGCUCUGAUGUUGCUAGCUACACACUAAACGCCGCCAGCGAAGGCACAGCAGGGCUAGCCAGCAACCCUGAAGUGCGCGGCACCGCCAGUCCUUUAGCGACGGCCAGCGUGGCCACACAGGCUGACUCGCUGCGAACACUUACUGCUAGGCUAAAGGAUGCUUAUAAUGGGGUUGAGGUGCAGUGGCUUGAUACUGAUCAGAAAGACCUACAAGUAGCGAGUUCAUACGGUCGCGAAGUGCUGGAAGACGUGGAGUCAGGGUCCGGCUCCGGAGACUGGGGCACCAGCGACGGACUGCCCACUGAUGAUGAGGAUCUUAACGGUUAUGAUACAGCAGGCUCAGGCGACAGCGCACCAGAAGACGAAGACCAAACGGAACGCGAACCCGAAGUACCGCCACGACCUGUCGUCACCGAGCCGCCCUUCGUGCCCAGCAUCGUCGACACUCCCGGCACUAACAACGUCAAUGUUCGUACUCGCAUACUCACCGAGCCCGACACAGCCGGCCUGCCCAACACAGACACUGGUACUGUCGUCAUAGCCGACAAUGCCGACAACGCCGACGUAACCGAGCCCGAGACGCCAAGGUCUCAAGACAUCCCGCCCGUCCGGGAACAACCCGUCGCCGGAGCAGCAGACAGCCCGUCACUACAGAAGGCACUGUUCACGUACGCCUUACCCGUCGUCUGCGCUUGGUUCGGCACCAUCGUCACCGAUCUAUUCUAAAUUCGAAUUUCUCAGAUUUUUAUUGAGGUUUUAGUCGGUUUUCGUGAGGUUUCCUACGGACGUUGUUAUCAUGUAUAGAAAUCGUUUGGUUUGUAUAUAGCCUAGUCAGUGAGCGACGGCCGUGAACAUGUGUAGGCACUACUGUGAUAUAAUGUGGACAGGUUAUACUUGAGAUGGAAUAGCACGCAGGGAACGAACAAUGACUUUUAACAAAUUUAUACACAGUGCAUUGUGUAGUGAAUUAAUUUAUUAUUCUAUAUUUUUUUUUUUCAAAUAAAAAUAUUCAGUUUCACCCUUAUUCGAAGUGAACGACAAUAAAUGGGGAGUAUUUUUUUAUUCUGGCAAUUAAAUAUGGCAUUAUAUUUUUUAAUUUAGCAAAAAUGGAAAUCAGCCAAAUUAUGUAUUUAUUAAAUGAUCUUUUUUCGUGUAAAUAUUGUGUAAAUUAUAACGAGGUAGAUAGUGAAUGUAUGUUUUAUAAUACGAGUAAGAAUGUUUGUACUAUGCCGUAUAGUCUGUGGAUUGGCGCCAAAACGUAACUCUAUACGUAAUGCAAACAAAUUAAUAAUAGCUGGAAAAACUACAAUAUAAAUGUAUAACUACUUAACAAAGUACUAAAUAAAAUAACUUAUGAUUCAUAUCAUUAAACAGAUGUAAUUUUGUCACGAAACCACAGACUAACGCGAACUUAAAGAAACAUGUCUAAAAUGUACAUAAACUUAGUCAUAAUUAUUCUAAAGUAAGUUUAUAGACUGAUUUGCUUUCAAUUUAUAUUUUUACAUGCAAAUUAUAAUAUUAUUAUUUCAUUCGGACUAAGAUAACUACUAAUCAUUUAACCGACUGAUAUAAUGAUAAUUUGAAUAUUUCAUUUUUUAUAUUAUAAUUAUUAUAUAAUAAUAUUUUUGUUAAAAUAUUUAUCUUCAAUUUUGGCUUCAGCUUUACUUUGCUAAGUAUAGAAUUUAAUUUGCAAUUUAUGUCGCAAGCAAUGUUAAAAAUUAGGCAAAUUGUUAAACGGCCAAUAGAUUGCAAAUUGAAAUAUUUUUUACGCGUUAGAUAAGUCACCAGUGUAUAAUAAUCUAAGUGUUAUUUCUUUUUAUACGUAAUGUGGCGUCGUAUAUGUAGAUAUGUCAUAUAAGUCGCAGCUGAUAAAAAAAAUACAAUUUUUGUAGUUAAAAACCAACGAAUUGGUGAUUCGUUUCGAGUUGUUCGUAAACUAAAAAUGUUAUAACUGUCGACAUUGACAAGAAUCUAAGUCAUGUGUAUACUGAAUCUGUUUGGUACAUGUUAGUAAAUAAAUAAGACGGCUGCGACAAAUAAACGCACAAUUAUUUUUAAUAUUUGAACAAGCAGAGGAAGGUCUUGUGUAAUAAAUAGAGAGUGUACAAUUUUUACACGUUUUCAUCUAAUUUGAAAUAAUAAAUCAUAUUUUUAAAAUUAGAUUUGUUUUUGAUUUUGUGAUCUUGACUUAUACCUUCCUUUGUGCUUUUUGAAGUAAAACUUCAACUAAAUCAUUCAUUCGAUAUAUCAAUAAUUUCAUUGACUAUUAGGUUUAAAAAUGGUUUGCAUUUCCCAACAUAAAAAAUAAACUAUUUUGUACAAGUCAAGAAUCUUUUAAACCUUGAAUUUCGAAAAAAAAACAACAUUUAUCAUUUUUAUUUUUUGGACACAAUAUAACUUUUUUCUUUCUGAAUUUUUAAGUACAUAAUUUAUAACGAAACAACCUACUUACCGAGGGUUGAAGAAGAGAGUACGGGGACCAAACUGUAAGGUAUCGCUAUGUGCCAUCUAUUUAAGAAUAAUUUAGCGCACAAAUGUACUACCACGCUUAACGGCCCGUGUUUUAUUUCAAUUUGUAUGUUUGUAUGUGUCGUACCCAAUGCACUAGCAGUCCGAAUAUUUUGAAUAGACUAAAGAAAGACAGCGUAAAUACUGCCAAAAUGUAGUCAUAUCUUCGUUCAAGUUCUAACACGGAACAGAUAGGCAGGUUAAAACAAAAGAGGACAAUAUGUUCAAGUUAACUCGUAGUUUAAUUGUGACUCAAUAAUAUUAUCGAAUACCACGAUGUUAGUAUUUCAGCGAAGAUAUGCACUACAUGUCAUAACACUAUAGGAAUUAGCUCUAUCUACCAAAUGCAAGCGAACAAACCGAAAGCAAUAUGUUCCGCAUUUAGUCUAUUUAAAAUAUUGAACUGUACGUCAUUUUAAGUAAUGUAAAUAAUCAUGUUUAACGGUAGUUAGAGAUGUUAAUUGUGGCAUCUGCAUCUCUGGUGGUUGGUCACACGCAGAAUCAAUAACCAAUGUUAACAUUUGCAUAUACACAGUGUUUUGCAUACAAGUAGCACGCAUGAUACCGCUGUUACAUAAAGGGCUUUAUGAAAAAGAAACAAAAUACACUUUCGCCUGUAUGAACCACCAGUGAAGCGGACCGUACUAAAUGUUGCUAGAAAGUUGUAGUUUUUUAUACAGUGUCAUGAAUUAUUGUGUAACAGGGUACCGAUAUGAAUAAUUGCAUGUAUCUAUUGUACGUAUAACGAACUCAUUAAGGAGUACGAUUUAUUAAUCACACAAUAUGAACGAUGAUUUCCGCAGACAUGAUUGGCCAUGCGCGAAAACGAAUGUCAAUAAAAACUCGGCUAAAAACGACAGAAUUUAAUUUACGCGCUCAACGGAUAUGAUUUAUGACAAAUACGUCAUGAAAAUUCAACGAAAUCAAUAUGUUACGGUAAAAGUAAAAGUGACUUUACAGAGCAUAUUGUUUGUCUCAAGUUAAUUGGUGGAACGAAACAUGCGUUUAUUGAAUUUUCCUUCACUGCCAGUACUGUUCAAUUGCAUUUAUCAACUGAUAAUUUUAAAUGUCGCUCAAAAGUGGAUGUUCCUUGUUUUACACGAUUUGACUAAUUGACUGCUACAUAGCUGGGUGUCAUGUAUGUCUGCGGUUGUAGAAGUUUUAAUUAUCAUAUUGAUUGAGUUCAUUUGGUUAAUAAGCUGCGGAAAAUGCCUAUAAAUCGAAGUCCUAAAUAGGAGUGGACAGCUGUUUCACCAACUUUUAUGUAAAAGUGUAUUUUCUUUGCAGUUUAUUAAUGAAAUGGAAAAUCUUUGCAGUUUUGUGUAUUAUAAUCUGAUGCUUAUCGGACUUUUUGUAUUGAACGAUGGAAGAUUGGUGCAAAUGGUGCAAAUCAAUCAGGAUAGUUUGCGAAUUCGUCCUUCAAUAAGCUAGCUUCUAUUUUCAAAACGCAUCCAAUCCAUCGAAAUCACAUUUCGCAAUCUGUUCUCUUUGGUUUGAAAAAAAAAAGGAAAGUUGUCACACUUUUUUUGGGGAAAAAAUAAAGUAGGAACAUUGUUUUAUUCUAACCAUGCUGGUAACAAGUUGAGCACCACCUUAUAUUUUCCCAUUAAAAGGGUGACUGUGCCGAAAAUACGUAAUGUGCGAGCGUGGCAACUUAGGUAUUGUUUGAAUUACGAAUUAAUUGUUUAUACUAAUUUUUAAAAUAAUCUGUAUUUUCUCGAAAUCUUAACAAAAAUAAUUCGAUAUAUUUCGCUGUUUAUCUGUAGAAGAACAUUUAUUUCUCUAUAUUUGCUUUUAUACCUAAUUUAGAAGACAAUUUAAUUAUGUAAUAUUUUUCAUACAUGUGUAAUCUUCAAUCAAUGGAUAAUAUGGGAAUUGACGUAUUCAAGUAAUAUCUAAGUUGUUCGCGCUCAGUGAUUGAAUAGUAAAAUGAUAGGAGAGUGUUUGUAGACUAAUUUUAUAAAGAUAUAUUAUUGCGUAGAUCUAUAACGUGUACAUAGAAUAAAAAUGAUAACAUGUGUAA